ACAUCCGCGCCGGCAGAUGUGAGACACGGCGCGCGCGGACGGACGGACCGCAGAACGCCUCCUGCCGCCGCGCACGAUGGUCCAGCUCCUCCGCCGCGCACCCGGCUGCUGCUUCUGGAAAACUCUGACACGCGGAUCAAAUAAAGUGGUCAGCUGCUGAAACAAGCGUCGAGACGUCUCUUCUUUUUUUCUUCUUCUACCGUUGAUCUCCCCUCGCGGGCUCUGCCGGUCCCGGGUCUGUGGUUCCAGUGUUCAACCACCGGCUCACCUGCAGAAGUCAAACGAUGCGCUCCCGGGCCGCCCUCCCCCGGUUCACCCCCCUCCUGUGUCUUCUUCUUGUGGCCCCCGUUUUCUCCUCCUCCUCCUCCCGGCCCCAGUGGGUUCUCCAGCGAGUCCCUGUGGUCCUCGCACAGCAGACUGAGGCCCGAUCGGUCCCUCACUUCCUAUCUCCGGCCCGCUUGGAUGUCAACUCCCCCUGUGACCCAGAAUGCCACAAGGCGGCCCCUCGGCCGAGCUACUGGGACCUGCGGCGUCUGCUGGCCUACGAGACGCUCCACUCUGACGGUCAACUCACCGAGACCGCCAUUGGGAUCUACGGCUACGACCCCUCUCCCGACACCAGCGCGGCCUACUCCGCAGCCUCGCCUGAGAAGGCCGAGCGCUCGCGCGCCAGGCGGAAGCGCCAGAUCUUCGGCCACGAUGGGCGCUUCAGCAUCGCUGGUCAGGACUUCCUGUUGAAAUACCCGUUUUCGGUGGCUGUCAAGCUUUCCACUGGGUGUUCUGGUACGUUGGUGGGGGACCGGCAUGUUCUCACAGCUGCACAUUGUGUUCACGAUGGUAAAAACUACGUGAAAGGCGCCCAGAGGCUCCGGGUUGGGUUUCUGAAACCCAAGCAACGGGGCACACGGCCUUCCUCCUUUUACGGGCUCACCAACUACACCAACCGCGUAGACGGCGGCCCCGGUCCUUUUGGCCCGCCAACCGACGACGAGAUGAAAUUCCAGUGGAUCAGAGCCAAGCGCACCCAUGUGCCUAAAGGAUGGAUUAAGGGGAAUGCCAAUGACAUUGGGAUGGAUUAUGACUACGCUUUGCUGGAGCUCAAGAAAAGCCACAAACGGCGCCACAUGCGGCUGGGAGUCAGCCCCCCGGCUCAGAGGCUGCCCGGGCGACGGGUCCACUUCUCAGGAUUCGACAACGACCGCCCAGGCAAGCUGGUGUACCGCUUCUGCCGGGCCGGCGAGGAGACGUCGGACCUGCUGUACCAGCACUGUGACGCUCAGCCCGGGGCCAGCGGGUCAGGGAUCUACGCCCGCAUGUGGGACGGCCAGCGCCAGCGCUGGGAGCGGAAGGUGAUCGGGGUGUUUUCCGGGCAUCAGUGGGUGGAGCGACAAGGGGCGUCUCAGGAAUUUAACGUGGCUGUGAGAAUCACGCCUUUGAAGUACGCGCAGAUCUGCUACUGGAUAAAAGGAAACUUUGUGGACUGCCGGGAGGGGUGAGGGGUCGAAACCCCGGGGCCCGCUGCUUCCUCAGGCUCCAUUCCGAAGUAUCUGGGGGCGCGAGAACCCACGAGUUUGCCCGCCAUGGUGUGCAGCACUGACCGAACGAUAUGAACUCAUUCCUGUAGUUUAGAUCCCCCCCUCCUUCCCUUCCCACAUGGCAAUAUAAGCAACAUGUAGUCAUACAAUAAAUAGUGCAAAUAAAAACACGAGACGCAUUUCUAUAAACAUAAAAACAUGGACUGAACAAGACUAUAUAUAUUCAAGCUUUUUCCUUGUGCUAAUACUAAAGAUUUCAAACUGUUGAAACUAUUGACCUUUUUCUACUGAAAUGAUUGUUUGUGUGUAUGAAUGUACAAGUCGGCUACCAAAGGUGCUAACAAGUUUCUCUCCAAAUUAUCAUGUAUCUCCUGACUCAGAAUGAUAUUAAAUGACAGCAGGUUACUUGUUGUGACGCACA